UCCAGAGCGACUUACAAGUACAUACAUUCAUACUUUUUUGUACUGGCCCCCCGUGGGAAUCGAACCCACAACCCUGGCGUUGCAAGUGCCAUGCUCUACCAACUGAGCCACACGGGAUCCCUCUUUCCACCCCUCCAUCUCUCUUAUCCAUCUCUCUCUUCUCCAUCCCUCUCUCCAUCCCUCCAUCUCUCUUCUCCAUCCCUCUCUCCAUCCCUCCAUCUCUCUUCUCCAUCCCUCCAUCUCUCUCUUCUCCAUCCCUCUUUCUAUCCCUCCAUCUCUCUUAUCCAUCUCUCUCUUCUCCAUCCCUCUCUCCAUCCCUCCAUCCCUCUCUCCAUCCCUCCAUCUCUCUUCUCCAUCCCUCUCUCCAUCCCUCCAUCUCUCUUCUCCAUCCCUCUCUACAUCCCUCCACCUCUCUUCUCCAUCCCUCUCUACAUCCCUCCACCUCUCUUCUCCAUCCCUCUCUCCAUCCCUCCACCUCUCUUCUCCAUCCCUCUCUCCAUCCCUCCACCUCUCUUCUCCAUCCCUCUCUCCAAUCCUCCACCUCUCUUCUCCAUCCCUCUCUACAUCCUUCCACCUCUCUUCUCCAUCCCACUCUCCAUCCCUUCACCUCUCUUCUCCAUCCCUCUCUCCAUCCAUCCACCUCUCUUCUCCAUCCCUCUCUCCAAUCCUCCACCUCUCUUCUCCAUCCCUCUCUACAUCCUUCCACCUCUCUUCUCCAUCCCUCUCUCCAUCCCUCCACCUCUCUUCUCCAUCCCUCUCUCCAAUCCUCCACCUCUCUUCUCCAUCCCUCUCUCCAUCCCUCUCUCCAUCCCUCCAUCUCUCUUCUCCAUCCCUCUCUCCACCUCUCUUCUCCAUCCCUCCAUCCCUCUCUCCAUCCCUCCAUCCCUCUCUCCAUCCCUCCAUCUCUCUGCUCCAUCCCUCGCUCCAUCCCUCCAUCUCUCUUCUCCAUCCCUCUCUACAUCCUUCCACCUCUCUUCUCCAUCGCUCUCUACAUCCCUCCACCUCUCUUCUCCAUCCCUCUCUCCAAUCCUCCACCUCUCUUCUCCAUCCCUCUCUACAUCCUUCCACCUCUCUUCUCCAUCCCUCUCUCCAUCCCUCCACCUCUCUUCUCCAUCCCUCUCUCCAAUCCUCCACCUCUCUUCUCCAUCCCUCUCUACAUCCUUCCACCUCUCUUCUCCAUCCCACUCUCCAUCCCUUCACCUCUCUUCUCCAUCCCUCUCUCCAUCCCUCCACCUCUCUUCUCCAUCCCUCUCUCCAAUCCUCCACCUCUCUUCUCCAUCCCUCUCUCCAUCCCUCUCUCCAUCCCUCCAUCUCUCUUCUCCAUCCCUCUCUCCACCUCUCUUCUCCAUCCCUCCAUCACUCUCUCCAUCCCUCCACCUCUCUUGUCCAUCCCUCUCUACAUCCCUCUACCUCUCUUCUCUAUCCCUCGCUCCUUCCCUCCACCUCUCUUCUCCAUCCCUCUCCCUAUCCCUCCACCUCUCUUCUCCAUCCCUCUCUACAUCCCUCCACCUCUCUUCUCCAUCCCUCUCUCCAAUCCUCCACCUCUCUUCUCCAUCCCUCUCUACAUCCUUCCACCUCUCUUCUCCAUCCCUCUAUCCAUCCUUCCACCUCUCUUCUCCAUCCCUCUCUCCAAUCCUCCACCUCUCUUCUCCAUCCCUCUCUCCAUCCUUCCACCUCUCUUCUCCAUCCCACUCUCCAUCCCUUCACCUCUCUUCUCCAUCCCUCUCUCCAUCCCUCCACCUCUCUUCUCCAUCCCUCUCUCCAAUCCUCCACCUCUCUUCUCCAUCCCUCUCUACAUCCUUCCACCUCUCUUCGCCAUCCCUCUCUCCAUCCCUCCACCUCUCUUCUCCAUCCCUCUCUCCAAUCCCCCACCUCUCUUCUCCAUCCCUCUCUACAUCCUUCCACCUCUCUUCUCCAUCCCUCUCUCCAUCCCUCCAUGUCUCUUCUCCAUCCCUCUCUCCAUCCCUCCACCUCUCUUCUCCAUCCCUCUCUCCAUCCCUCCAUCUCUCUUCUCCGUCCCUCUUUCCAUCCCUCCCUCUCUCUUAUCCAUCUCUCUCUUCUCCAUCCCUCUCUCCAUCCCUCCAUCCCUCCAUCCCUCUUUCCAUCACUCCAUCUCUCUUCUCCAUCCCUCUCGCCAUCCCUCCAUCUUUCUUCUCCAUCCGUCUCUCCAUCCCUCCAUCCCUCUCUCCAUCCCUCCAUCUCUCUUCUCCAUCCCUCUCUCCAUCCCUCCAUCUCUCUUCUCCAUCCAUCCACCUCUCUUCUCCACCUCUCUUCUCCAUCCCUCCAUCUCUCUUCUCCAUCCCUCCAUCUCUCUUCUCCAUCCCUCCACCUCUCUUCUCCACCCCUCUCUCCAUCCCUCCACCUAUUUUCUCCAUCCCUCUCUCCAUCCUUCCACCUCUCUUCUCCAUCCCUCUCUCCAUCCCUCCACCUCUCUUCUCCAUCCCUCUCUCCAUCCCUCCACCUCUCUUCUCCAUCCCUUCACCGCUCUUCUCCAUCCCUCUCUCCAUCCCUCCAUCUCUCUUCUCCAUCCCUCUUUCCAUCCCUCCAUCUCUCUUAUCCAUCUCUCUCUUCUCCAUCCCUAUCUCCAUCCCUCCAUCUCUCUUCUCCAUCCCUCUCUCCAUCCGUCUCUCCAUCCCUCCAUCUCUUUUCUCGAUCCCUCUCGCCAUUCCUCCACCUUUCUUCUCCAUCCCUCUCUCCAUCCGUCUCUCCAUCCCUCUCUCCAUCCCUCUCCUCAUCCCUCCACCUCUCUUCUCCAUCCCUCCACCUCACUUCUCCAUCCUCUCUCCAUCCCUCCAUCUCUCUUCUCCAUCCCUCUCUCCAUCCCUCCAUGUCUCUACUCCAUCCCUCUCUCCAUCCCUCCACCUCUCUUCUCCAUCCCUCUCUCCAUCCCUCCAUCUCUCUUCUCCAUCCCUCCAUCUCGCUCUUCUCCAUCCCUCUUUCCAUCCCUCCAUCUCUCUUAUCCAUCUCUCUCUUCUCCAUCCCUCUCUCCAUCCCUCCAUCCAUCCCUCCAUCUCUCUUCUCCAUCCCUCUCGCCAUCCCUCCAUCUUUCUUCUCCAUCCGUCUCUCCAUCCCUCCAUCCCUCUCUCCACCUCUCUUCUCCAUCCCUCUCUCCAUCCCUCCAUCUCUCUUCUCCAUCACUCUCUCCACCUCUCUUCUCCAUCCCUCCAUCCCUCUCUCCAUCCCUCCAUCUCUCUUCUCCAUCCCUCCACCUACCUCUCUUCUCCAUCCCUCUCUCCAUCCCUCCACUUUUCUUCUCCACCUCUCUUCUCCAUCCCUCUCUCCAUCCCUCCAUCUCUCUUCUCCAUCCCUCCACCUCUCUUCUCCAUCCCUCUCUCCAUCCCUCCACCUCUCUUCUCCAUCCCUCUCUCCAUCCCUCCAUCUAUCUUCUCCAUCCCUCCACCUCUCUUCUCCAUCCCUCUCUCCAUCCCUCUCUCCAUCCCUCCAUCUCUCUUCUCCACCUCUCUUCUCCAUCCCUCUCUCCAUCCCUCCACCUCUCUUCUCCAUCCCUCUCUCCAUCCCUCCAUCUCUCUUCUCCAUCUCUCUUCUCCAUCCCUCCAUCUCUCUUCUCCAUCCCUCUCUCCAUCACUCCAUCUCUCUUCUCCAUCCCUCCAUCUCUCUUCUCCAUCCCUCUUCUCCAUCCCUCCACCUCUGUUUUCCAUCCCUCUCUCCAUCUCUCUUCUCCAUCCCUCUCUCCAUCCCUCCACCUCUCUUCUCCAUCCCUCUCCCCAUCCAUCCAUCUCUCUUCUCCAUCCCUCUCGCCAUCCCUCCAUCUUUCUUCUCCAUCCGUCUCUCCAUCCCUCCAUCCCUCUCUCCACCUCUCUUCUCCAUCCCUCUCUCCAUCCCUCCAUCUCUCUUCUCCAUCACUCUCUCCACCUCUCUUCUCCAUCCCUCUCUCCAUCCCUCCAUCUCUCUUCUCCAUCCCUCCACCUACCUCUCUUCUCCAUCCCUCCACUUUUCUUCUCCACCUCUCUUCUCCAUCCCUCUCUCCAUCCCUCCAUCUCUCUUCUCCAUCCCUCCACCUCUCUUCUCCAUCCCUCUCUCCAUCCCUCCACCUCUCUUCUCCAUCCCUCUCUCCAUCCCUCCAUCUAUCUUCUCCAUCCCUCCACCUCUCUUCUCCAUCCCUCUCUCCAUCCCUCUCUCCAUCCCUCCAUCUCUCUUCUCCACCUCUCUUCUCCAUCCCUCUCUCCAUCCCUCCACCUCUCUUCUCCAUCCCUCUCUCCAUCCCUCCAUCUCUCUUCUCCAUCUCUCUUCUCCAUCCCUCCAUCUCUCUUCUCCAUCCCUCUCUCCAUCACUCCAUCUCUCUUCUCCAUCCCUCCAUCUCUCUUCUCCAUCCCUCUUCUCCAUCCCUCCACCUCUGUUUUCCAUCCCUCUCUCCAUCUCUCUUCUCCAUCCCUCUCUCCAUCCCUCCACCUCUCUUCUCCAUCCCUCUCCCCAUCCAUCCAUCUCUCUUCUCCAUCCCUCUCUCCAUCCCUCCACCUCUCUUCUCCAUCCCUCUCUCCAUCUCUCUUCUCCAUCCCUCCAUCUCUCUUCUCCAUCCCUCUCUCCAUCUCUUUUCUCCAUCCCUCUCUCCAUCCCUCCAUCUCUCUUCUCCAUCCCUCCACCUCUCUUCUCCAUCCCUCUCUCCAUCCCUCUCUCCAUCCCUCUCUCCAUCCCUCCAUCUCUCUUCUCCACCUCUCUUCUCCAUCCCUCUCUCCAUCCCUCCACCUCUCUUCUCCAUCCCUCUCUCCAUCCUUCCAUCUCUCUUCUCCAUCCCUCCAUCUCUCUUCUCCAUCCCUCUCUCCAUCACUCCAUCUCUCUUCUCCAUCCCUCCGUCUCUCUUCUCCAUCCCUCUUCUCCAUCCCUCCACCUCUGUUUUCCAUCCCUCUCUCCAUCUCUCUUCUCCAUCCCUCUCUCCAUCCCUCCACCUCUCUUCUCCAUCCCUCUCCCCAUCCAUCCAUCUCUCUUCUCCAUCCCUCUCUCCAUCCCUCCACCUCUCUUCUCCAUCCCUCUCUCCAUCUCUCUUCUCCAUCCCUCCAUCUCUCUUCUCCAUCCCUCUCUCCAUCUCUUUUCUCCAUCCCUCUCUCCAUCCCUCCACCUCUCUUCUCCAUCCCUCUCUCCAUCCCUCCAUCUCUUUUCUCCAUCCCUCUCUCCAUUCCUCCACCUCUCUUCUCCAUCCCUCCAUCUCUCUUCUCCAUCCAUCUCUCUUCUCCACCUCUCUUCUCCAUCCCUCUCCCAGACAUAGAUGAGUGUUCAGCUCCAGACCCUGAGGAUGGUUCUGGUCCACUCUGCUCCCAGCUCUGCCACAACACCCUGGGCUCCUACAUGUGCUCCUGUCGCCAUGGCUACGAGCUCCGCCCUGACCAGCACACCUGUGUCUUGUCCUGUGGUAGGGGUAUAUUUGAUGAACCAGGGGGGACUCUGUCCAGCCCAGGGUACCCUGACCCAUCACCCCACGGCCUGGCCUGUCAGUACGUCAUCUCUGUGGAGCCUGGGUUCAUCGUCAACCUCAACUUCACUGACAGCUUCCACAUAGAGCACAUAGGCACCCAGAAUGGACCCAGCUGCCUCUACCACUGGUUACAGGUGUCCAUCCCCGACAAGGAACCCCAGAAGCUGUGUGGAGUGAAGAGUCCUGGACUAAUGGCCACUAACUCUUACACUGUCCAGCUAGACUACCACACUGACUGGGCUGGUCUGAGCCAGGGCUGGAGCCUGCACUACACUACUCAGAGGGUGCAGUGUGCUUCACCCAGUUCUAUCACCAAUGGAAGAGUCACCCCAAACUUUCCCCAGUACUAUUACAGAGACUACAUCCAAGUCAGCUGUGACCCUGGCUACAAACUAAUGAUGGAUGGCAGAGAGAUCAAGAGCUAUGCCUCCAUGUGUCAAAAGAAUGGACAGUGGCACCUUUCCCUCCCUGAGUGCCACAUAAUUGACUGUGGGGAACCUGAAGCAUUGUUAAAUGGAGGGGUAAGGUUCAUAUCUGGCUCUCAGAACCAGCACCUCUCUGUCAUUCAGUACCACUGCAAUGAACCUUUCUACUCACUCCUUGGAGGAGCAACUGUGAGCUACACUUGUGCAGCAGAUAGAACAUGGAGAGACAACCUUGACACCCCUGUCAUUCCCUCAUGUAUCCCAGUCUGUGGUCAGCCCACAGUGUCCUUCUCAGGCUUUCAGAGGAUCAUGGGGGGAGACAAAGCCCCAGACAAAACCAUCCCCUGGCAGGUGAUGCUCAGUGUGGACGGAGGCAGAGCAGGGGCCAUGGUGAUCGGGGACCGCUGGAUCAUGACUACAGCUCAUAACCUUGUGCAUCAGGGCAAACUUGUGCUAAAGGAGAAACUUCUGGUUUUUGUGGGAGACAAUGAUGCAGAAAAACUAGCAAAGCUCACUCCUCUUGGUGUCGCCUCUCUCCACCCCCACCCUGAAUACAAAAACCCAGACAAAGCAAGCUACAAUCAUGACAUCGCCCUGAUAAAACUCCAACAACCACUCACAUUCCACGCUGCCAUCAUGCCAUUGUGUCUGCCACCAGAGAACGCUGCAUACAAAAGUGGCCAGAUUGGUAUGGUGUCAGGCUUUGGCAUCAAAGAAGAUGAUAUCAUUGCCAACGAUCUCAGGUACAUACUUCUACCAGUAGUGGAUGGGGAUGCGUGCCAAGACUCUGUCAACAAAGCAAAAGCAGCAAUGCCAACAGAGACGAUCCCUGUUCUGACAGACAACAUGUUCUGUGCCGGAGUACCUGAGGGGGGCAAGGACUCCUGUAUGGGGGAUGCUGGAGGGGCGUACGUCUUGAGGGAUGGUAGUACUAAACGGUUUUGGGCUGCAGGUAUUGUCAGUUGGGGUGUGGGUUGUGGGCAGACUGGUAGAUAUGGAGUGUACACCCGUGUGGCUAAAUACAUUAGCUGGAUUAACAAAACCAUGGAGGACAAUAAGUAAAAUAUAUAGGCGAAGGUAACGAGGGAAAGAGAACAGAAAUACAAAAGUAUUUUCAAUUCAAGUCAUGAUUUAUGAAUCCAAAUAAAGCCCAAACGUUUCAUUUC